CUCUUUUGGUCUCAACAAAGAUCCGCACUACUGAAUAGAUAUUACUUACUUAGUCGAUCCUGAUCGUUCUGAACCUGAGAUCCGAUCCCAGCAAUAAUAGAAAAAUCUAAAACAGGACAAGAUCAGAGAAUGCACAGCGGAUGAUCUAAAAACCAAAGCUGAUACAGAGCAGAGAUUAUGCCGGAUGAUACAAGGUGCAAGCACGGAGUAGUAGGAUCUUGAAGGAACAAGGUAAAGAAGCUCGUUAUCAUCUACAACAUGUACAACCAAAAUCGAGAAGCUACUUGGGCUUCUAGUCGAUAGAUCUGAAACAGCCAAGGACGUGGAGAAUCACUUGACUCAACUUUCAAAAGGAGGUAAAGAGCAAGAUCCAGCUGCACAGAACUUGGAACCUGCAUCGUGAAGGGGGAACAGAGGACCACUGCACUAGUGCAGAGAUAGGGGUUCUGGCAGAUCUUCUCGGACUUGAAAGAGUCCGUUGGAGCUUGGUGGACGCAGAGACUAUGGAGCGCAUAUUCUCCCUUCCGCGGAAGAUAUAUUUUGCAGUCGAAGGGAGUGAAAACGCUGCGGCAGCUCAAUCAAAAAAGCACCGCAGCGCAACACGCGCGGCAAUUGUGAUGUUUCAAAGAGGGGGACUGGUGCAACGAUAAUUCGACAUGAUCGACCGCGUUGUCGCCACCGAGAAUCCGGCUCUGAUUAGAACCACGGUGGUGGAGACGAAGAGCCUCAAUGGAGUAACUUUCCAUUUUGGGCAAGCGAACAUGAGCAGAAUGAUCGAUGCAGCCGACGAGGAGCUGCGCCAGAGGCAUUCCCGCCACUGUGAGAAGACUAGUACAGAGGAUUUACUUUACAUACCAGACUAUUUCUAUGGAGGACUUCACCGACAACUAUAUCGAGAGCGUCAUCAGAGCCAGGAGUCCCCCUCUCAUUGCAGCAUUGUUGGAAAAGUUCGAGGAGAACCGCUGGAGUUACAACUUCAAUGAAGAAGACAGAACGCAAAUCGUAGGCCUGGACGAUAACGAUGCAAAAGUCAAUAAAGCACUGCUCGCACUCGAACAAGAAAAAACAAACAUUGACAAUCAAGACGCGUAAAAUCCUUUACGCAGCAGUAUGUGGUGAGGAGACAAGGACUGGAGUGCUGCUUUGAGUUUGAGAUAUGAUCUCUUACAGGUGUACAGACUUAUUCAUUGAUUUACAAUAUAUUUUUCUCAUUGCAUAUUUUUCGAAAGCCGAAGCUUGGCGCUCGUUUCUGCGUCAUACAUUGACAAUUCUGUGUCCGCACUGGAUUUUAUAUGUAAGGAAAACUAAAUCAUCGUGCUGACUCGUGAUAUGCACACGCUUAAUGGAGCACUAAAAAUGCUUAACAAUUAUUGGUAGGAUAUCGCAACGUGAGGAGAAAGACUGCACCUAUUUAAGGCAGCCCUGUCGUCCUUUCGGAAGCAUGCUAGUCUAUGCUAAACCUUAUUUAUUAUUUCUUUUUAACACAAAUAUCAGUUGUGAAGCAAAAAACUUGAUCGUACUCAUGACAAAAUCGGUGACUGUAGUGUACCUGUAAGGAGAGUCGGGCAAGACGCUUAUUCAUGACGUGUCCUUUCAACUUGGAU